AUGUCGACCGACCUCAAUAUUCCCCCAACCGGGCUGUCUCUCCACCUCGGAGAUCAGUCCGGUGAUCUUUCGUUCAAGCCAAAUCAGAUCAUGAGGUUGAAUCUAGUGCAAAGCACCCUCGAUGAUCUGAUUCAGAGCCUACGAAAGGAUCAACCGGCUCGAGUCCGGCUGGGAAAACACCCUUCGCUUCACUACGGGGGCAAAUCUCAAACGUUCCAUGCGUAUCCCGAAACACACCGAUCUGAGAUCUACCAUAGCUCGUCCGAUAAAGAGACACUGUAUUUCACCGGGGUUUUGAGUCAUAGUCUAGAAGUUGAAAAGGCUCAAAAUGCUACUGCGGCCACCGAUCAGGCGCUGGCAGAUUUAGAAGAAAAACUCAAUGCUCAUGAGAGGGGGAAGGAGUCGAAGAAGACUCACAUAAUCUCACACCCGGAUGAGCUAAAGGCUCUACGAGGCAGCAAGUCAGGCUACAAACGUCCAACCACUAAAGUUGAACUGGAGAAAGAUCGCUUUCUCAAGACUGCUGCCAAUCGCUCCCUCACUGCAAGUCCGGUCUUGGGUGCUCCCAAGUCUCCCUCUUUCGCAAUGACGCCAACAUCCGCCCCAACGAUGGAGAACAAGGACCGUGUGAGGCUUGAAGCCCUCAAGGUUCCUUUCAUUCACCUUCUCGCCGUUCGUGCCGUAUCAGCCAAGUUUCUGGCCCGCCAAACCCGCACCACCGUCGAAGAUUGCACCGCCCUCGGCGAGAAAUUCGGCGUCGUGAACCGAAUCAACCCCGAGAAAUACAACCUCAAGGACAAGGUCUACAAAGAUCUUGAUGUGUUUGGGUUCAAUUACACCGAGGAGGACCGAAAAGAAGCCAUUGAGAAUUCAAUUUCUGCCUUCGAUCGUAUGCGCAUCUCUCGAUCCGACAAACUUUGGCAAACUCUUCUUCCAAAAGCGGAACGAGGCAAGGGAAAGUGCCUUUCACGUUUGAACCUUCGUACCGGCCCACCCCAGAAAUCUGCCGCCCCACUCGCCAAAGCCAACGGGGAGGACUCGGGCAAGGACAUUGAGACCGACCGCGCCAAGGGGCCCGCGUCUGCUACCAAGACCAUUUCGACCGCGCAAAAGGCUCGUGACAAGGACCCGAUCAAGCGACCCGCCAAACCCAAGAACACCAACAGUACCCUUACCGGACGGGUGACGAAGAAGACUGGUGGGAAGGCCCCAGUCAAAGUGGACGGCAAGAUCAAGUCCGCGGAAUUCGUCCACAGUUCGGAUGAAGACGAUGAUACCAAUCUGCUCGAGACCGGCCCUGCCGCUCCCGCGCCCAAGCAGCAACCGAAGGAUCACAAGCGGACUCCAUCCAAUUCAAAGCCUCCAGCACCGAAGAUCAAGGCACCAGUUAAGCCUCGCACCACGGAGACUACUUCUGUCCCAUCUGCUCCUGUUCCCAAGGCUAAACCUGAGGCAUUGAAGCCUAAGCUUGAACCCUCCAAAGCACUCGCGAAGGUGACAGCUUCGAAGCGUCCUCCCUCACGACCCUCUACUUCGCCACAGAAGCCGUCACCACUCGGUUCCUCUCCCCCUGCCAAUGUUCUCGAUGCCACCAGCAGCAACCGUAGCCGAGCUGACAUUCAGAGCCAAUCAUCCGGCUCAUCCUCGUCUUCGCCUCUCAUCUCCCAGCUGGCUAAACCCAGCAAGGUGGGGCGUGCGGCCCCAGCGGCUGCCCGAGCUACCAAAACUACUUCCCAGACCAACGGUAUCACGAAGAAUGUCUCCACUACCGCCAACCCACUGAAGCGCAAAGCCGAAUCCGAGCAAUCGUCCAUGCCCCAGGCAGGACGUCCGACUGGAAACUUGGAAGCCAAGCGGCGCCGAGCGGUCAGCUCCUCUAGCGGCGGCAGCACCGGCAGUGCAUCUCCAUCGAUGAGCUACGAGAUUCUGAGACAGCAGCUGCGGGAGAAGUCUCAGAAAUUCAAGAACUUUUACGCCAAGUACCGCAACUUGUAUGACUCCCUUGCAGCACUCUCCAACCCGCCCCAAGUGGACCUUGAAAAGCUGCAAAAGCAGCACUUUCAUCUGCAGCGCAUGAAGAAAGAAAUCUGGGAGGAAGACCGGCAGCUUCGUGAUGGCCUUCAUUCGUAA